CUCAAAUAUUCUGAUUAGCAAGAGCCACCCUUUUCCCACAACUCUACUACUACAAAGCAAACCUCUCCUCUCCUCUCCUCUCAACAUCACUAAAAAAUCUCUUCUCCUCCCCCCAUGAGCUCCCACAAACUCAUAAUCCUAUCAUCUCUUCUUCUCCUCCUCCUUCCCCAUGUUUCCGCCAACUGCGGCGGCCAUGAUGACGACCAAGCUGUGCGCCGCAACCAUACCGAGGCGCUCAGAUACAAGCUGGCGUCUAUAGGUUCGGUUCUGUGCGCCGGCGCGAUCGGCGUGAGCUUCCCGAUCCUCGGGCGGAGAUUCGAGGUGCUGCGGCCGGAAAACGACGUGUUCUUCAUGAUAAAGGCUUUCGCGGCAGGGGUGAUACUGGCGACCGGAUUCGUCCACAUCCUCCCCGACGCAUUCCGCAGCCUGUCGUCGCCCUGCCUCGGGGAGGAUCCGUGGGGGAAGUUCCCCUUUGCCGGAUUCGUGGCGAUGAUGGCGGCGAUCGGGACGCUGGUGGUGGACACGGUGGCCACCAGCUUCUACAAGAGCACGCACUUCGACAAAUCGAAGCUCGUCGACGAGGAGGCUUCUGGCGACGGCCACGAUGGCCACGUGCACGUGCACACUCAUUCCACGCACGGCCACGCGCAUGGAGCUGCGGCGGACGCUCCGUCGCUUGACAUGAGCGUGUCGGAUCUAGUCCGACAGCGCAUAAUAUCACAGGUUUUGGAGGUAGGGAUUGUGGUUCACUCGGUGAUAAUCGGAGUGUCGUUGGGAGCAUCGGAGAGUGUGGAGACGAUUAAGCCGUUGUUGGCCGCACUUUCGUUCCACCAGUUCUUCGAAGGGAUGGGGCUUGGUGGCUGCAUUUCCCAGGCGAAAUUCAAGUCGGUGACGACGACGAUUAUGAUGAUAUUCUUCUCGGUGACAACACCGAUAGGGAUCGCAGUGGGGAUCGGAAUAUCAAGCGUAUACGAAGAGAACAGCCCCAAGGCUCUAAUAGUUGAAGGAAUUUUGAAUUCUGCAUCAGCUGGGAUACUGGUUUACAUGGCGCUGGUGGAUCUGUUAGCAGCAGAUUUCAUGAACCCAAGGAUGCAGAGCAAUGUUAGGCUGCAGUUGGGCGCACACGUUUCACUUCUUCUAGGUGCUGGAUCUAUGUCUUUUUUGGCCAAAUGGACUUAGACUUAGACUGGCUUCUUCUUUCUUCCGUUGUUCUCUCCAUGACAAUGACAUGCACCCAACUAUUCAUAUUCUCUUACAAGACUGUGUGUGUGUCUGUGUGAAAUUAAGGAAAAAAGCAUUCAAACAUAAA